AGGUAGAGGUAGUGCUGUGUGUGCCAUUCGUUCGGUGCUCUUGUGCUAAUGUCUCACCAUGAGAUUGUCAAUGUUGACUGUGUGUUUGUGUGUGAGUAUGCACAUUGAGUAUCUGUGAGUUCCAUUGAGACCUCCGAACGAGCAAGGGUUUGUGUGUGUGUCCGCCUGGCAUUUAUUAUACUCUUUGGCUGUUGUUGACCGUGUAUUUUUUAGCUUUAACUUAACAUAACGUGUGAUAUUUGUUCCGUCUCCUACGUUUAGUUUGUUAUUGACUUUCGGUGUGAACGCAUCGUCGUCUAUCGUGCGCCCGUUGUGAUCUCUUAAGCAAUUGUAACGUGAAAUUGAACGUUGUUCACUUUUUCCCAACGCCGCGCACUAAUACACAAAUUCUCUCUAAAAUAAAAUAUUUUUAAAUUGUUUUGUUUUCGUCGGUAGGCUGUUUGUUGUUUCAAUUUUCGUUUUAAUAAUAAUGUGAAAUUCAAAAAUAUAAGAGAAAAUUUUGAAAAUCGAAAAUUUUCUGCAUUAAAAAAAUACUUGGGGCAAAAAAUAGCGAAAUAAAUUUUUUAAUAAAACAAAACAAGGAAAAUUAUUAAGUUCAAGAAAACAAAAGCAUAGAAACGCCCCCCAGAGAAAAACUCGUCAAAUGAGUUGAAAAAUAAAACAAAACAAAAAAUUGAACAAAAAUAUGAAAUGCUAACAUAAAGAAAAACAAGAAAUUGUGAAAUUUUAACAUCAAUAUUCAAUUGUGAAAAAGUGAUGUGACAUGACGUUGUGAGCAACCCAAAAAAAAUUUAACAAAAGUUUCAAACCCCUGGAUUACUGAAACUUUAACUCAAAUCAUAGCAGAAACAGCAAUACCUUAAAGUGCAAAUUUUUAAGAAAAACAAAAAUUUAUUGCCAAGAUUACAGAGAAAUCGCUAAAGCAAAACAAAGAAAGGCUUUUGAAACAAAAUAUUUUUUAAAAAGUGACCAAUACCAAACAUAUACAUAAAAAAGUGUAAUGAAUUGUUUAAAUUUGUAAAAAAGUAUAACACGAUUACAAAAUAAUAACAAAACUUAACAUACACCAAAACAGAAAAGAAAAACCCAAAAUUAAACAAAUUCAAAAAAAUCCACGAAAAAUGUUUGACCCCUUUGUGAAAAUUAAGAAAAAGCCUAAUACAAACCUUAACAACAGCAACAAUAAUAAUAAUAAUAGUAACAGCAGUAAUAUAUUAGUGCAAAAUUUAGAGGAAAAUUUCCUACCGAAUUUAAAUGACAUUGCCUCUGUGGAUGCGGAAAUUGAUGAUGAUUGUUUUUGCCUGACACCACCAGCCACCACACCCUCUACACCCACUCAGCAGCAGUCUCAGCAUAGCAGCAGCAGUAGCUCUUCAUCUACACCAACAUUAAGUGCGGCUUUGGCCGCUGCAACAACACAGCCAUCAACAUCUGCAACUUCUGGGUUCAAUUCUUUGGCAUCAAUAUCAUCGCCAUCAGCCUCGCCGCUCAAGGAAUUGGCCUCCAGCAGUGCCACCAGCACCACCUGUAGUCGUUUGCAACAGUUGAUAGCAGCACCGCCUAUUAUACAAACGCCCCAUUUGAGGCAGCAGCAUCAUUUGCUGGCAUCGCCCCCUACACCGCCACCCUCAACCCCACCAACACCUGCCUUACCCCAGCAACAGCAACGUCAGAACAGCGAACUACAAAAUCAAUUGCAGAACACAACGGGAAGUAGUACACCACAGGUUUUGACACCCCUCUCGUCGCCUGUCACCAAUCAAACAACAUCGGUAUUGCAGCAACAUUUAGGCCAUAUAUCGGCAGCCAGCACGACGGAGUCCUCAGCUACCCAGCCGGCUACAAGACCCACACUGCAGACUUUGGCUCAACAUUUGGCCUCACCCCCAGCAUCGUCUUCGUCAGCACCCUCCUCACCUUUGUUGCAAGAAUUAUUUUCUUCUAAUAAUUUACAAAAUGUAUUAACCAGACAAAGUUCCUCAGCCAGCAACUCGAGUACAAAUAGUUCUACAAACAACUACACAGCGACAACGUCCUCAUCGUCAUCGUCGUCAUCAUCUAUCUCCAAUUCUACUUUAAGAAGUCUGGUUUCCAAUCCCUCAACUUUGAUUACAUCAAGUACAACUUUGAAUAGUAUUAUUGCCAAUCGCUUGAAUUCACCACCUUCAGGUUUAACGGGUGGUAAUAACUCUCAACACUCAACAUCCUCUUCCUCGUCCUCCGCAUUAACUGCCUCGGCAUCGUCCUCUUCGUCAUUGUAUCACCAACAACAUUCCGCUUUGACAAAUUCGAUAACGCAUCGCAUACAUCAAUCGAUACGCCGGCAUUUGAAUCAGCAGCAUCAGGCAGGACAACAGCAAAACAGUGGUUUGGCGACAAGUCAGCAGCAAACACAUCACAGUUCGCAACAGCAUAGUUCUUCAACAUCGUCAUCGUCGUCGUUGUCUCAUCAUCACCACCAUCAUCAGCAACACAAUCGUUUGCUGCAACAACAACAUUCAUCGCAAUUCCAGCAGCAGAACCCCCCCAAUCAUCGUCAUCAUUAUCAUCAUCACCAUCAACAGCAGCAGCAGCAACAAUUACAACAGUUGUCAAAUUCGAUUUCCGCUUCCGGAUCUUCAGCUUCUUUGUUGUCAUCAGCAGCAAAUUCUUCGUCUUCAUCUGCUGCCGUUGCUGCCAACGUUUCAGCUUCUUCUGCUUCAUCAUCGUCAUCGUCUUCUUCCUCCACCGCAUCCAAUUCCAAUUCGAAUUCUCCCGUGUGUGUAGUAUUAUUGGUCAAGUGCCCAAAUUCUAAGGAAUAUUGUAACGCCUUACAGGCCCAAAAUCACAAUUUAAUACCUCCUGCAACAUUACAACAAUUACAACAACAACACCAGCAUUGCUGUGAUAAUAAAAGAUUGCCGGUGAACGAAUGUCAGGCAAGUCAAACUGCUAGAGUGACAUCCAACCUAAACGCAUCCAGUAGUACAAUGGCGGUUAGUCGUGUACCAUCGCCGCCUUUACCGGAAGUUAAUACACCGGUUGCUGAAAACUGGUGUUACACACAGGUGAAAGUGGUUAAAUUUAGCUAUAUGUGGACCAUAAAUAAUUUUAGUUUUUGUCGCGAGGAAAUGGGUGAAGUUUUGAAGUCCUCUACAUUUUCCGCCGGUGCUAAUGACAAACUGAAAUGGUGUUUACGUGUCAAUCCAAAAGGUCUAGAUGAAGAAAGUAAAGAUUAUUUAUCCUUAUAUUUAUUAUUAGUUUCCUGCAAUAAAUCAGAAGUUAGAGCCAAAUUUAAAUUUUCAAUAUUAAAUGCUAAAAGAGAAGAAACCAAAGCCAUGGAAUCACAGAGAGCAUACCGUUUUGUACAAGGCAAAGAUUGGGGUUUCAAAAAAUUCAUACGACGAGAUUUCCUACUGGAUGAGGCCAAUGGCCUUCUGCCCGAGGACAAACUGACAAUAUUCUGCGAAGUUAGUGUGGUGGCCGAUAGUGUAAAUAUAUCUGGCCAAUCCAAUAUUGUACAAUUCAAAGUGCCCGAAUGCAAGUUGAGUGAGGAUUUGGGCAAUCUCUUUGACAAUGAAAAAUUCAGUGAUGUAACGUUAGCCGUAGGUGGCCGUGAAUUCCAAGCACACAAAGCAAUAUUGGCAGCCCGUAGUGAUGUCUUUGCUGCCAUGUUUGAGCAUGAAAUGGAGGAGCGUAAAUUGAAUCGUGUCGCCAUAACUGAUGUUGAUCAUGAAGUUUUAAAGGAAAUGUUACGUUUUAUUUAUACUGGCAAGGCGCCAAACUUAGAUAAAAUGGCCGAUGAUCUCUUAGCAGCAGCUGAUAAGUAUGCUUUGGAAAAGCUGAAAGUGAUGUGUGAGGAAGCGCUGUGCGUUAAUCUCUCCGUUGAAACAGCCGCUGAAACAUUAAUAUUAGCCGAUCUCCAUAGUGCGGAUCAAUUAAAAGCACAAACGAUAGAUUUUAUUAAUACUCAUGCCACCGAUGUUAUGGAAACCCAGGGAUGGCAAAACAUGAUCACAACACAUUCACAUCUUAUUGCCGAGGCAUUUCGUGCGCUUGCAACACAACAAAUCCCACCGAUCGGACCACCCAGGAAGCGUGUAAAAAUGAGCUGAAAUUUCAAUAGGAGUAGUAGGAAGCAACAGCAAAAGCAGCAUCAACAACGGCAACAAUUGCAAUUGCAACAACAAAAACAACAACAACACAAUAUAGAUAAUCAAGAAAAACAAAACAACUACUACAAUUACAACAACAAAAAGAAUAAUAAGAACAGCAACAACAAACACUAUUAUUAUUAUAAUUAUUUCUAUUAUUAUAAAUAUUAUAACGUAAAAAGCAAACCACACUAUCACACAAAUUCAAACAUAACCAACCACCACCACCACCAACAACAACAUUUUACGAUUUUCCAAAACUAUGAUUUUUUCCAACAUUUCAACAUAAUGAUGAUGAGCUAUAACAAUAACAUUAAUGUAAAGGAUUUCAGCAAUGGCAACAACAAUAGUUCUAGUAAACAUUUGUCUUUUGAAAUGCAGCCCCAAGAGAAUGUCCGAAAUUUAAGCAACACCUUGAAUUACCAACAGUAUUUGUUUAUCUGUGAACUCGUUUUGUGGCUAAUUAUGUUUUUAAAAAUUGAUUUGCAAUUAAAAUUGACAUCAUUUUAUCAAAUUUUAUUAUUUAACAAGCAGUGGCUACAAAAUAUGAAGAUCAUCAUAAUCAUUAACGAAAUAAUGAAAAAGAAAACCAAAUUUUUAAAUUUUUAUGUGAAAUUUGAUGUAGUGGGCACAAGUAAGCAAAUAGGCCCUAUUAAACCAAUACCAACAACAACAACAACUCAAUGUAGAAUUUGCUAUUUUGCCUAGAGGCAAAGGCGUAAACAACAAACAAAAUAAAAUGUCUGUGUAACUAUAGUUUUUAUUUUUUCAAUUUAAUUUUGUCUAAGAUUUCUUCCUCUUCAACACUUUCUUUCUCUCUCUCUCUCGUCUCUGUAAGAAUAGUAUAGCUUUUUUGAAAACACGAGAAAAAAAAAAACAAUUGAGGAAACAAUAAAAAUAUCGUGAAUGUGUUAUAUACUAAACCUAGAGCGAUAGUGCGAUAUAACUCUUAAAAUAUAGCAUUCAUAAACACUACAUCUAACAAGAACCACCCACCCAACCCUAACAUCAUUGCAAUAAGACCUAUGUUCUCAGACCUUUUUCAUAUUAGAGUUGGCUGAUGAUUUCUGGAAUUGAACAAAAAAAAACUGAAGGGCUAAAAAUUCUUUUUUUUUUUUCUU